AUGAAAAAACGACUCGAUAAGCAUAAUUUUUAUGAUUAUGUAACUAAUACAUGGAUCGAUGAUGAUGCUUUAUUCGAUCACGUGUUAUGGAAUUAUUAUGAUUUUAAAAGUUUAAGAACCAAUAAUCAUCUCGAAGGAUGGCACCAUCGACUAAAUAAUGAUUUAAAUAAUGUUGUACAUCCACAUUUUUAUCUAUUCAUUCGUGCAAUUCAAAAUGAUUAUGCUUAUAAUUCAGCAAUAUCAUCAUGUCAUUUAGCAAAUGGCGUAUUACCUCCACGGAAAAAUUUAUAUGUAAACCGAAAUGCACGAUUACAAAAUUUGGAAGAACGUUGCAAGCAACAAACAUUAACAUUAGAUGAAUAUCAGCCGAAACGCAGGUAA